AUGGGCAAGUUGACUACGUCAAUUGGCAUUUUGCAACAAGAGAAAGGGAAACUUCCUACUCAACCUUUGGCAAACCCUCAAGGUCAAAAUGUGCUUGGCAGCUCUUCGGUGACUUUCCCCGAGCAAGCCAAGGCCAUUAUUUCUUUGAGGAGUGGGAAGACCGUGGAUAAUGCUCAAGUGGAGCCGCCGGUGAUGCCAAGUUUACUACCGUUUCCGGCACCAUUGAAGCCAACAAUGCCAAAUAGGGAAUCUCCCAAACCAGUUCUUACGGAAGAAGAGAAGGGAAAAGCCAAGGAAUCUGGUGUCCCACCAGCCUUCACCGUUCUCGCUCCAUAUCCUAACCAACUAAAGACGUUGGCUAAGCCAAAUCUGAAUACUAAUAUUUAUGAUAUUCCGUCCUAUGCUAAAUUUUUGAAGGACUUGUGUACCCAUAAACGCAAGCUCCAAGUACAAAAGAAGGUGUUCUUAACCGAGCAAGUGAGCUCACUCUUCCAAUCAACUCUUCCUCCUAAGUAUAAUGAUCCGGGGUGCCCGACGAUAUCCAUCACCAUCGGGGGUAGAGUUGUUGAAAAAGCUCUUCUUGAUUUGGGCGCGAGUGUCAAUCUAUUGCUGUUUUCGGUAUAUGAACAACUUGGGUUGGGAGAAAUGAAGCCAACUCGGGUGACUUUACAAUUGGCGGAUAGGAGUAUUCAAGUGCCUAAGGGGAUGGUCGAAGAUGUGUUUGUUCAAGUUGAUCAAUUUGUGUACCUGGUUGACUUCGUGGUUCUAGACACAUGUCCGGUGCCGGCGGCUCAGGCCUCCGUUCCAAUUAUUCUCAAGCGACCAUUCUUAGCAACUUCAGAUGCCGUGAUCCAUUGCCGGGAUGGCCGACUUAAUAUGAGUUUUGGUAAUAUGAAGAUGCAAGUCAACAUGUUCCACAUUGGUAGCCAAAUAGGGGAUGAUGAUGAUGUAUGCAGAAUUAGGAUGAUUGACUCAUUUGUUGAAGAUCAUGUUGAAUUUAUUUGCAAAGAUGAGUUGGAGCUAGCACUUACUUCCUCUGAGGCCGAUUUUCUUGAUGCCCCCGAGGUCGCGUACUUGUGUUCUCUACUAGAUGAGGAGGAGAUGUGUGGUAUCAACCCGUGGAUUCCAAAAUUUGAGGAGUUACCCCCGAUUGAGAAGCGAGCCGUUCCGUCUUAUGUGGAACCCCUGAAGCUUGAGUUGAAGCCACUACCGGUCACUCUCAAGUAUGCUUACCUUGGUGAUGGCCAAACAUACCCGGUGGUGAUCUCUUCUGCCCUUAUCGAACUUCAAGAGUCUCAAUUACUCGCUAAGUUGAGGAAGCAUUCAAAGGCUAUUGGGUGGUCCAUAGCCAAUAUCAAAGGAAUAGAUGCGUCGCUGUGCUCUCACCACAUUUACAUGGAGGACGAUGUUAAGCCAUCUCGCCAGCCUCAACGGCGAUUGAACCCGAUCAUGAAGGAUGUCGUGCGAGCGGAAGUUCUUAAAUUGUUGGAUGUUAGCAUUAUUUACCCGAUAGCGGAUUCUAAGUGGGUAAGCCCGAUACAAGUGGUACCUAAGAAGUCUGGGGUGACUGUGGUGAGGAAUGACAAGGAUAAGCUUAUUCCAAUGCGUGUUCAAAUUGGUUGGAGGGUGUGCAUUGAUUAUCGGAAGCUGAAUGCCAGUACAAGAAAGGACCACUUUCCCCUUCCCUUCUGA